CGACAAAGAGUGUCACGCGCAUGCGACAGGUGCAGGCGAAAGAAGGUAAAGUGCGAUGGCAAGCGGCCCAUAUGCACACAUUGCGAGGCCAUCAAUGGCUCGUGCACGUACCUCGAUGCGACAAAGAAGCGCGGCCCGCCAAAGGGCUACAUUGAUGUUAUCGAGAACCGGUUGCACAAGGUUGAG